ACAUGAGCGUCGGUCAUUUCGGUUCUGUGAUUUUGUUCGAACGCGGUAUCUCGGAGUGUUGAGUGAAGUUGUUUUGUAUUUUUCUUUGCUUUUUCCUGCUCUUGUCACGCCAUCACCGCAUAGUGUGUCGUUUGAGAAGAGGUGCGGUGUUUUGAAAAAUCGUAAAAAAACGGUGAAAUUCGAAACCUUUGGUGAUUUUUCGGUGAACAAACUGACGAUAAGUUAUCGUGGAACAAGUUGGAAUAAGUUAGCGAAGCAUUGAGUGCUAGUUGAAGCAUUUUCUAUUGGAUUACCCGGAACGAGUCGGCCUGGGCUGUAACGGAAAAAAACGCAGUAGAAGCACCACCAACGACCCGAAUCAAUCUCUGCUAAUCGCGUGCGUGAAUCCCACAAUCAUCACCAACCUCAUCGGCAAUGUCCUUGCAGGUGCAAUCGAACCAGCAACCGCCGUCCGGGCGACGCACGCCCCAACUUUACCAGAACUUUGGCUCACCGACCACUACGACAUCCUCUAAGCUGUCGCUGAAAGCGACUGGCACUGAAAAGCCGGCUGGGGAAGCGGCAAGUGCAAAGGAAUCACCGACCACCACCGGAAAGGAUAAAUCAACAAGCUUAGUUGUGUCCGUUACGAAACUGAGCGCCAGUGCGAAGGUAGCAGAACAGGAAAAGGUCGAAAAAGUAACGGCAACCAAUGGAAGCACUAACGGCGAUCACAGCGAAAAGGAGACUAACGGGAAAGCUGAAGAAACCGUCGCUGUAACUACUCCGGUGAAGCCAGCUUCGGAGCCCACCAAAAAGGAAGAUGAGAAGGAAAAGAAAGUCAAGCAGAGUCCUAAAGCAAGCCCUAAUACGACUCCUCAAAAGCAACCAACCGAAUCGGUUCCUGCAGAACAGAUCAAAACAGCGGAAGACACCGAUAAAAAAUCAACAGAGUCUCCCCCGGUCACUCCGGAGCAAAAAAAGAAGGAAAAACCCUCGGUGGAAAAUUCACUGAUCGCAGAAAAAACUCUCAAAGGUUUCACCGCCGAUGGGGAAGAGAUGGAAUCGCUGGUCGUUGAACCAUCCGAGUACGAGGAUUCUCCAAUGCCACCGCGCACCGGCGGCAAAUCCAAGCUGCUGAAAUACGCAACAGGACCACUGACACGAGCUCGCAUCAGUCCGUACCGUGUGCACGAGAUCACAAGCAACGCCAGCACCGUCGUCAAUCUGAGCACCGUGAGCGAGGGUCAAACCAGUGCCCCCGAGUCGAAUGAAGCUUCACCGGCUACCGACUUCAAUCGGCCAUUGCGUACCAUUUCCGGUAGACGCUCCACUCGUCCCAUCUCAGACAUCCAGUUUUCAUAUCGCAAAUCAACCGAGCUCAAUGAUUCUACUUCCAGCAUGAAUGUCACCAUCGGGUCCGAAAUUCACAACGACAGUCUGCGUACGCCGGCACCGGGAUCUUCCCGUAAACGUAAAGCGAUGACACCGGAAUCUACCUCGGAUGCACUCGAUGUGCAGGAAAUCGUCGACAGUCCCAAACGGGGCCGGUUGGACUUUAGCGGAUUGCUCGGAAUUGUCGCCAGUCCGGUAACACUGCUCAAAAAUCGACUUUCGCGGGUUAGAUUGCACGCUAGCACUCCGGUCGCCAAGCGUAGCUUGGAUGAUGAAGAACUCUCCGGUGGGGUUGUAACGGCUGAAGCUACCACCACCACUGCCAACAUUUCCGGGGAAUCGUCGGCUAAAAUGGAAGUGGAAAGCGGCGUGAGCGAGGAAAAGAUAGUGGAAGUGGACGAAAAGAUCGGCGAUGGAGAACAGUUGGCAAAUAAGGCCGAAACGAUUGAGCUUCCCGAAAAUGCAACAGAUGGAACUGGUUCCGAAGAUGGCAGCGAAACGGUGGUGGUCAAAGAUGUUACCGAUAAGCAGAGACAGUUUUGUGUUGUCAUGUAAAAUUUGUCUACCCUCAUGCGUCUCCCAUUUCCGACGUAAUUUCCAUUUUUUGCUGUCUCUAAUUUGUCUUGUUUUUUUUAUUUCCCAUUUUUAUUGGGCACCCUUGCCUGGAUGAAAGCUAUGCACCUGCGAAGUAGUAGGUGAAAUCCCACUUUUAAAAGUGUCCCUAAGCCGAAAGAAUGCGGCCGAGUGUUCUUUCAUACAAAUAAUACAAAUAAACCACGAUUUUUAGUUCGUCUCAUUAAACACUGUAUUUUCCUGCUGGAAAAUCAUCAUCAUUUACGAUUAUUUUGUUUUAUAAAAUAGGACUUGCAUCCGAAUUCGGAUUGUACACUUACUUGACCUACUUCCCAGUUGUAAGUAGAAUCGAUGAGUGAAUUGGAAAAUUUUAAUCCUUGAUAAGGAUGCAAUUUUUAGGAGAAAUAAAAUAAAUUACGACAUGGUAAAGAUAACCUUUUAGAGUCGUUUCUUAAGUGUAGUGAGAGAACUUAAAUGACAUAAAAUACCCGAUAUACAUAAUCAUCAGAACAAAUUAGUGAGCGCAACUAAAAUUACAUAUGAUAAUCCUAUCUAAUAUAAAUGAAAAUGUGUUGCUCAGCCACAAAAAAAAUCAACAAAGAAAAUAUUAAUUAAAAAUUGUAAAACGAAAAAUUGCAAUAAAAAUGAAAAAUAAACAAUUUUUAAUGUC